GAGCGUGGUCAACAAACCUACAAACCCAACAAACCAACAAAAUAUUUUUGACAAAACAGCAUCGCUACAACAUCUGUACCGUAAAAUUUCUGUUAAGUUGCGAAUUUAGAAAUGUCUCACAAAAUGUCUAAUUGUUAAUGAAAUUUAUACAUCUCCGUUACAAUCCCUAAAGAUGACUGCACCAUCAGCUGUUGCCCUCGCUUUGCAGACAAAAAUUGACGAUCUCAAAGUGGCAAUUGAAAAUAAAUCUGAAAAUGUCUUGAGAAUUGUGGAAGAUAUUCUCUCUGUUAUUAAAGAAAAUGGCAUAGAGUCAGUUCCUGACGUGAGCAUUGUACCUUGUGUGGAACUAGUCUUAUUGCUACGCUGGACAUCAAAUGACGUUGUGGCUUCUGUUGCCAAUGUACUUGCUGAAGUUGCCAAAUCAGCUGCCGGUAGAGAAAGACUUGCAACGCUACAACCACCUAUUGCUCAACAGCUAGUAAACCUUCUUCAGCAAAAAUCAUCCGAUCUUUCUGUUAGUGGAAAUCUGGCUGUGGUCACACAAGUAUGUCGAGCCCUUGGUAAUAUGUGUUAUGAAAGUGAACUUGGGCAAGCCUGUGUUUUGGAUGCAGAGGGCUUGGAAGUAUUACUCUCUGUUUUAGAAAGAGCAAUCAUACUUGGAAAUGAUGUACCUGGAGCUCGCACAUUGCGCUCUGUCAUCAUCGGGUUUCUUCUCAAUCUUACCAUAUCUCAGCCUGAUAAACACCAAAAACUGGUUUCACUUGGUGGCAUUGGAUUACUUUGCAAAGUUUUGGAACUUGAUUGUCAAACUGAAGAUGGCUGCAACACAACCAAUCAUACAAUGGUUAUUCUUGGAUACCUUAUUGAUCAAGUGUCUUCUAGUGAAACUGUUCUUACUGAAAAAGUUUGCCAAACACUUGUGCAAGUGCUUGUAACAUUUUCAGCCUCUUCUGCUGAAAUUUGUGAAUCCGUUUUAGAACUCCUUCAAAAUCAUGCUGAAGAUGAUGGUGUAAAACAAUCACUGGCACAGCAUGGACUUUGUCAACUUUUAAUUGGUCUUGUUGAGAAACACAGGCCCUUAAUAGAGGAAGCUGAUGAUGAAACAAGGCACCUUUUCAAGUUGGCAACUGAUCUGAUCGUGAUAAUUUUGAAUGAAGAUACAAGCAUGGCUAUGCUUUAUGGAGAUGGCAAAGGAGAGGUUUACAAAAAUAUGCUGCAAUGGGUCAAAACUGAUAACACUGAUCUUCAAACAACAGGUGUUCUUGCUUUAGGAAACUUUGCUCGAUGUGAUCCUCACUGCAUGAAGAUGGUAGAAAGUGGUGUCCAUGAGCAUUUUCUCUUACUGCUUAAAAAGCACAAUGGUCAAGAGGAUGAUAUUCGUCUUCAACAUGCAUUACUUUCAGCUUUGAGAAAUCUUGCAAUUCCUACUAUAAACAAGCCAGUUAUCCUGAAAGCAGGGGCCCUGGAUGUUUUGACGCCAAUGAUAAACAUUUGCACCCUUACAGUGGCCUUCAAACUUCUGGCAACUCUCAGAAUGCUUGUAGAUGGACAAGAUCAAGCGGCGGAAGAAUUGGGUCAAAAUAGUCAACUCUUAAGAAAACUUGUAGAAUACUCUGCAGCGGAUUGCCAUGCUGGGGUGCAAGCAGAAGCAAGCAGACUUCUUGCAUGGAUAAUUAAAAACAGCAGAAGCAAAGAUGUUGGGGCUGCUGUUGUACAGUGUAGUGCUCUAUCUCCCCUUGUGAGCAUGCUCUGUUCUGAACAUGCUGUGAUGCGAAAUGAGGCUUUACUUGCUUUGACCUUGGUGUCUUCAACUAAUCUACCAAUAGCUGAGCAAUCUCUUGCGGAUUCUAAGGUGUGUGCAAAGGUAGCUGAUCUUUUGACACAGCAUGGAACAUCAAUGGAAAAACCUAUGCUGUGCAAUGCUCUUGCACUCCUUGGAGAGUUAGUUUUAUCAGAUACUCUAGCUAAAGAUUUGGCUCAAAGUGGUGUACAUGAAUCGCUCACUGGACUGGCCACCAGGAAAGAUAUCUCAGACCUGGAUGAAUUGGUAUCAAAGCUCUCCACUGCUCUGAAGACUUCAUAAAAUGCAUCAGUAACACCAUAAACAAUCCUUCCCUUCCCUCUUCCUCUGCUUAGAAUUAAUAUUUGGUUCCACCAUGUACAGUGACUUGCUAUACUGUUAUCCAAAUCUAUGAUUUUUAUGAUUCAUCAACAUUCCAUUAAAGUACCUACAAGCUCAAAACCUAAUUCUUUCUUGUUAUGAGAACUUUGGUUCUUAAAUAUUUUUAAAUAUCAGUAGUACUCUUUUCUUUUUAAAAUCAAAUCUUGCAAAUUAGAAGUGCAAAGAAUUGACUACUACCUUUUGUUUUUUCCCCUUAAAUUUGAAAAAUUUCAGGUAUUAGGCUAAAUUUUUAAACUUCAUGUGUGCCAUAUGUUUUAUUUAUUAAUAUAUGCGGUAUUUAACAGGUUCUUUCCUGAUAAGUUUAAACGGUGUGGGUGCGUACCAGAUCUGUUUGUCAUGCUCGUGCCUCUGCUUUAGUUGCGUUUAGAUAUGAGGGUCACUUGGGUCAUUUAAGGUGCUGGCAAGUAAGGUAUGAGGAAAUGAUGCACUGUCACACAAGUCAAAAUCACAAAUAUGUCCUGUUGUAUCGCCUAUUUUUCUACUUUCAGCAGUCAAAGCGGUCCAAGCAACUUUAGUGACCCUCUAUCUGAAUGCAGAUUUCUUUUGCUUUAAAUACUUACAUAUUUUCCUAUUUUCUUUUGUAAGUUUCAGAAAAAACUGUUCUUUACCAAAUUGUAUCUAUGUGUUGUGAGUUUAAUAUCUACUGUAUUCAUUUGUACAUAUGAUAAAGGCAUCACCAUAAUAUAUUUUCAGCUAACAUUGUUUGUUGCAUGAUUUUUCAUGCACAUGCAGUUAUAGAUAUUUACAAUAAGCUUUAUUAAUUUAAUGUGAUUAAUGAUUUUGUGCCAAACUAAUUGCUUAAACAAUGCUGUUAUCCUGUUCUUUGUGUCUUCAAUCUUCCAGCAUCUUUGGUCUUUAAUUUUUCUUUCAAAAAUGUUUUAUUUUCUUACUUUAUUAAAGUAUGAUGACAUUUUGUA